CAGGGUGUGCCGUCGACACGGGAUCCUUCUCUUCUUACUGUCAGCAUGACAGCUUACCUGUUUCAGGUUUUCUCGGUUGCAUGCCUCCGUCUCCGGCAAUGCACGAGUGUCCUGAAGUAAAACCACUGAGGCCGGCAGCACCUCUUCUGCCUGUGAGCGAUUUGUCACUUCCUUCUGUAAGACUGGCACCAGCAGACAUGCAGUCUCAGAGGAUCCCGGGGAGGAAGCGAGGCCGACCCCCACUUCACUCAACACCUAUGAAGAUGGCAGUUCAUAAUCUUUAUUCUGCUUCAGCUGGUUCUUUACCAGCAGUGAAGAUCCCAAAGAAAAGAGGGCGGAAACCCGGGUACAAGCUCAAGUCUCGGGUUCUCAUGACUCCUUUAGCCCUCUCCCCUCCACGGAGUACGCCAGAGCCCGACCUCAGCUCCAUCCCUCAGGAUGCAGCCACCAUACCCAGCUUGGGGGCCCCACAGGCUCUUACAGUCUGCCUCUACAUCAACAAGCAAGCCGACGCAGGGCCGUACCUGGAGAGGAGGAAGGUGCAGCAGCUCCCUGAGCACUUCGGGCCCGAGAGGCCGUCGGCGGUCCUGCAGCAGGCUGUGCAAGCGUGCAUCGACUGCGCCCACCAGCAGAAGCUGGUCUUCUCCCUGGUCAAGCAGGGCUAUGGUGGUGAGAUGGUGUCAGUCUCGGCAUCCUUUGAUGGGAAACAGCACCUGCGGAGUCUGCCCGUGGUGAACAGCAUCGGGUAUGUCCUCCGCUUCCUCACCAAGCUGUGCCGAAGCCUCCUGUGUGACGACCUCUUCAGCCACCAGCCCUUCCCCAGGGGCUCCAGUGCCUCCGAGGAAGCCCAGGAGACCAAGGAAGGCAGGAUGGAGCCAGCAAAAACAGUCAACACUGACGAGUGCCUGGUGAACCCUGUGAGCAUGAACCGCUACAGCGUGGACCCCUCCACCUCCGCCUUUAGCCACAGGGGCUCCUUGCCCACCUCCUCCUCGCUGUACUGCAAGAGACAGAACUCUGGAGAAGGCCACCUUGGGGGCCCAGCCACCACCACUGGUGGUCCUCGUACCAGCCCCAUGUCCUCUGGAGGCCCCUCAGCACCUGGGCUGAGGCCCCCAGGCUCCAGCCCCAAGAGAAACGGGACCUCUUUAGAAGGAAACAGAUGCGCCUCAAGCCCUUCUCCAGACGGGCAGGACGCCAGGCAGCCGAGGAGCAGGAACCCCUCCACCUGGACCGUGGAGGACGUGGUCUGGUUCGUGAAAGACGCCGACCCACAGGCUCUGGGGCCUCACGUGGAGCUCUUCAGAAAGCAUGAGAUUGAUGGCAACGCACUCUUGUUGCUGAAGAGCGACAUGAUCAUGAAAUACUUGGGCCUGAAGCUGGGACCUGCGCUGAAACUCUGCUACCAUAUUGAUAAGCUGAAGCAAGCCAAGUUCUGAAGGUUUUGGAAAGAUUGAAGCAAAGUCCAGACAAGAGAUCUCAAGAUCAUCUUCUGCCUUACCCACACCCGGCCACCAUCUCAAAGUAGAUUCUCUUCUUAAAAAUAACAGCCACAAAGACUUGGUCUUUUUAUAAAACUUGUGCGUCUUUGCCUUUAAAAAAAUUCAACAUGGCCCUUUUGAAAGGCUCCUUUGUGUUAAUGAUUUGCCAAAAAAUUGCAAAAAAAACCCCCACCAGCCCUAUUGUUUUUAACAUCCCAGAUAGGUUGGUUGCUCUUAGAGUGGGUCCUAUUUUUAUAACGAGAGAGUGGGGAACUGAUUGUUAUCGCUCAAGGAGAAGGAUGAGAGAAGAUGCAAAAAGGCCCUUUGUCUCUGAGGCUCCUCAGGGACGCCCACCGCAGCAUCACCUGUCUGUGCCGCUGACCCGGGGACCUAUCAUUGUGAGCCUCGCUUGAUUCAGCUCUGGAAGCUGUCUUCUGAGGACAAAUGCCUCACCUUGCACUAUCUGGAAAACUUGAAUUCUUUUGCUCUCUGAAAGAGAAGAAAAAUCUUUUCUGUUCUCAGUUAUCUGAAGUACUGUGUCGCCCCACUAGAGGGCAGACUGCUAAUGAAUUUUGGAGACCCUCGCUGCAGUAGCCUGGUAGUUCGGUACUCGGUGGCUGGGUUAGGGUUUCUGUGAACAAGAUCUAGCUCACACAGACAUAGGGAAUUUAUUCCACAGUCAGCACCACAGAUUGCAACUUGGGAAGAAACUGUCUUCUAGAAGGUUCUAGUUCAUAUCCAAUCGUUAUUGACUGACUGAGACGCACAUGCAGCUAAGGCAAGAAUUUGGAAGUACAUUCUUCCCAGAUGGGACUUUGGAGCUCCUUCCCUUCCAGAGUCCUUACUGAGGUGUCGAUGUGCUGGCACGCUGAAGAGUCUUGGUGACAUUUAUCCAUGAGUUUUUCUUUAAAAAAGAGGAAGAAAAAUGUCUCAACUAAGCUUUGAAAUGGGAGAGUGUUGAUUUCUAGUUACAUUGCUGGAUUAUGUAGUUGUAUCUGUGGCUAAUUUUUCUAGUCCUCAACAAAUACACAGACAUGCUCUUAUUGGGUUUAAUUCAAUUUACAAAUAGGUUUUCCUUCCUCACUAUGGCGUAAUAGAAAAAAAUUGAUUUUCUACCCCUCUGCAGCUGUGUCCAGGGAAGGACGAUGAAUCCACAAUUCACUAGGCAGAAGGGCAAUCUUGUCUCCCUUCUUUUUAUCUUUUCCCUUUCUCUCUUUCCCUCUGUCCUUUUUUCUUUCUCUCUCAUUCAUCAGGAAACAUAUCUUCAAAAUGAAUUCAGCUUUGCCAUGGGCAUAUCCUCUUCCUUAAAAAACAUCCAUAGAGUUGGAGGUGAGGAGAUGAAUACUAGCCUUUGUGAUCUCUGGGAGAGUGAGGAUCAAAAGGAAACUCAGGGCCUCCCUUGGCCCAAAUGCAGAUUAGAAUACACACACACCUUCCUCCGGGAGGCAGCCUGAGCAGGGGUCUCGGCUGGUGAGUGGAGCAGGGUGGGACUCAGCUCCCUCACCCCUCAGCUGGGUGCCCUUGUGCAGGACACGACCUGUACCAACUCGAGGGCAGCCCUGGGUAGAUUUGCAUAUUGAUCCUCUGUAAGUCAGUUAGAACUUAGACGAAGAUGAUAAAUAUUUCACACCCUGCUGUUAGACCUGCUUUGAGGAGCAAUAUUUGAGAAAGCACAUCACAGCAAAAGCCUUUUUAGACACACAAAUAGUGGCUGGACUUCAGGCAUGACAGAGAAGGAAAGGAGGAGAAAGUCCUAAACCUUCCACAGAAUUGAGCCUGAGUCGUCUGGUUGGAAGGGCUUAAUGUCUGCUGGUUUUGGCCCCUCACCAAACGGCCCUGAAUCAGGGCUUGGGAAAGAGUCUAAAAGAUUCUGAAGUGAUAAAUGGACUCUGUCCGUCAAAGUUUGAUAAUUGUAAGUGCUCACUGCUGGUCUGGAAUGAGAUCAUCUCACUCAAAAAGCCAUGGAUACUUUAUGUCGUCAGAACUGCCAGUGUGAAAACAGUGAGGUCCAGAAAACCCCAGGACAGCCCAGGUUUCUCACGCCACUAUUUUUGCUAAAUGCUAAAACUUGUGGUGCCUCUUCCACCAGCAUGUGUCUUGUUUAGAGUCUUGCAGAUCUUCCUACCCAGCCUCACUAAUGGCUCCCUCACCGCAAAAACCUGAACCUUAGUGCCCCCAAAUUAAAAUCAUACUCCAACAUCGAAGAUAUUUUGAGUAGUUUUCAAGGGAGAGAUACUUCCCCAUCUCAAGUCUAAGAGAAAACUGGAUCCGUGUUCCUGUGGAACUGUCUCACAGAGGUGCUAUCUCAUUUUGCAUUAAACUUUAAGCGGGACAGAUUGAUGAAGCCAUGAUAUUUAAGGCUCGACUUUUUAAAAAUCUCAUUACUCUUAAAGUGAAUGCUGCCAUACCAGAGACUAAUCUGGAGAGGAAAUUCUUCCCUGCCUGUUUUUUGCACUGAAAUGCAAUUAGCCGACCAAAUUAUUAUGGCAGUACCGCAAUUAUAAUUAAUUUUCACCCCUUUCAAAAAUCUUGUCAAACCAGGCGGCUAACUAGCUUAGCAAAUGUGAAACAUGCCAGGCCAUUUCCUCUAAACGCACCUUGAAGAGUCAGGCCACGUGUGUCACUCUCAUGCAAACGCCUCACAUUUGUGUUGAUACCGUACUUGGUAUUCCAUCGCCAUAGCUUCGCUUCAGGUUGUGGCAAAUAAUGAUGUCGUUCUGCAUAAUUCCCAAUUAGAGUGUGUGAGUGUGUGUGUGUUCACGUUCCAAACAUUUCCAAUUACGCCUGUCUGUUAAACACUUUUAAAAAAAUCUAGAGACAGUUCCAUUGCCUAAGGCAUUUUAAAUAUUUUACGAAGCACGUUAUUCGCUUUGCGAAGAAGGCAGGUAAAAGAUGUGGGUUUUGUGUGUGUGUGUGUAUUUCCUGACACUGUAGUUGGAAAAGCCUUUGGAAGUGGCUGGGAGAGUAUCAACUACUACAUUUGCUUGGUUAAAAAUGCCUCCCCAGGGGCUGGCCUCGUGGCUGAGUGGUUAAGUUCGCGCGCUCUGCUGCAGGCGGCUCAGUGUUU